AUGCAGAGCCGCGAUAAAAUGCCCGAGGUGGAGACGGAGUUAAACUCCAUGUAUCUCACCUUUGAGGAGGAUAUAGCAGCCGUUCAGGCGCUCAUAGAGGAAGGCCGAAAGCUGGGUGAAGCGGACUAUGCAGAGCGACGUUUUUACCCCUCCAGUGGUGAGGAGUCUGAGGUCGACCUUGACUCGUCUCGAAAGGAAACUUCUACGGCGUGA